GGAAUAUUAAUCUUCCCUGAAGUUUAAAAAUUACAAAAAGUUCUCUACUGUCUAUCUCCCUGCUACCGAAAGUCUGAACCAGUCUAAAGAAGAAGAAAGAGAUCGUGAAAGCCAAUGGCGACUAUGGCUCUCACUUCCUCUUUUAGCUCUCUAUCUCCCCAAUCACUCAAAUCUCGAAAUCUCAAAAUCCCAACGAGAUCAAACUUCACUCCCCGCUCAAUUUCUCUAAAUCCAAAUCCAAUUAUACUAACUAACAAUCUCUCAUUCAAAUCCCCACAGCUUCUUAAAUCAAUUCCAACACUCACCUCCUCAAAGAAACUAACCGUUAAGGCCUCAGCUUCAGCUCCAGCUCCGGCUUCCCCGGCCCCGCAGCCAUGGCAUGGAGCCGCAAUGAAGCCGUUACUAGCGUCGAUAGCUACAGGUGUCAUCCUCUGGUUUGUCCCCGUACCUUCCGGCGUCUCACGAAACGCGUGGCAACUGCUUGCCAUUUUUCUCGCCACAAUCGUCGGCAUCAUCACUCAACCGCUGCCGCUCGGCGCCGUGGCUCUCAUGGGCCUAGGAGCCUCCGUUCUCACAAAAACGCUGACGUUUGCCGCCGCGUUCUCAGCUUUCGGUGACCCGAUCCCCUGGCUUAUCGCCCUUGCCUUCUUCUUCGCCCGUGGCUUCAUCAAAACCGGACUCGGCAAUAGAAUCGCCUACCAAUUCGUCUCCCUAUUUGGAUCCUCGUCGUUAGGGUUAGGUUACAGCCUUGUCUUCAGCGAGGCGCUGUUGGCUCCGGCGAUUCCGUCAGUUUCUGCACGUGCCGGCGGGAUCUUUCUACCGUUAGUGAAGUCUCUCUGCGUGGCGUGCGGUAGUAACGUCGGCGACGGGACGGAGAACAAGCUAGGGUCGUGGUUAAUGUUGACGUGUUUCCAAACUUCGGUUAUAUCGUCGUCAAUGUUUUUGACGGCGAUGGCAGCGAAUCCUUUAAGUGCCACGUUGACGUUGAAUACGAUUAAUCAGGCGAUUGGGUGGAUGGAUUGGGCCAAGGCAGCGAUUGUGCCGGGACUGGUGUCGUUGGUUGUGGUACCGUUGCUGUUGUAUAUAAUUUAUCCGCCUACUGUGAAAAGUAGCCCGGAUGCGCCCAAAUUAGCCCGAGAGAAUCUGGAGAAGAUGGGACCAAUGAGCUCCAAUGAGAAGAUAAUGGCUACCACUUUGCUUCUUACGGUGGGGCUCUGGGUUUUUGGUGGGAUACUGAACGUGGAUGCUGUUACUGCUGCUAUUCUUGGAUUGUCUAUCCUCCUUAUCACUGGUGUUGUGACAUGGAAGGAAUGCUUAGCUGAGGGAGUUGCUUGGGAUACACUCACAUGGUUUGCUGCACUUAUUGCUAUGGCUGGGUAUCUCAACAAAUAUGGUCUCAUAUCCUGGUUCAGCCAAACUGUGGUUAAGUUUGUUGGUGGAUUGGGUCUUUCAUGGCAGGCAUCUUCCGGUAUUCUGGUUCUUCUCUAUUUUUACUCUCACUACUUCUUUGCCAGUGGAGCAGCUCACAUUGGUGCCAUGUUCACUGCCUUCUUGUCUGUCGCUACUGCUCUUGGCUGCCCUCCAUACUUAGGAGCCCUAGUCCUCUCCUUCCUCUCCAACAUUAUGGGUGGCCUUACCCACUAUGGCAUAGGAUCAGCACCUGUUUUCUAUGGUGCCAACUAUGUGCCGCUGGCCAAAUGGUGGGGUUAUGGUUUCCUCAUCUCAAUAGUCAAUCUCAUUAUCUGGCUUGGCGUUGGUGGCUUCUGGUGGAAAGUCAUUGGCUUGUGGUAAAACAGGUGAUCAUAAAAAUUGGCCUACCCAAAUAUUUAGUGAUAUUGCUGCCAUUGUUUGCCAAACAGGUGAGUUUCCUCCCCCUGGCUGAGAACUUUUGGUGCUGAUUCAUUGUCAUAGAAAUAAUUUAUUUUGGCAGAGACUCCGGUUAUAGAUUCAACACAGAAAUGAGGUCUAGAAAUUAGAAGAUGUACCGCCGAUUUUGACGUGGCAUGAAAAACUGCCUACAAAAUUGACGAUGAUUGAUAUUAGUGUUGUUGGAUUCCUGAACGUCUUAUGUUUUUUCCUGCAGUCUCUUAUCUGUUUAUCCUUUUGGUUGCAUUUGUGAAAUGAAAGUUACUUUCAUGGAAAGUUUGCAUAA